UCACGCCCGCCGCCAGAUGGAUGGCCCUGCGGGGAGGAGCAGAAGUUCAUCUUCAAAAAUACUGCAAGGCUUUUUUUAUACAGCACAGAGAUACGGGGUAAAACAGUGGCGAUUUCACACAUGAAAUUCAGUUAUUUAAAACUGAUAUACAUCUCUAUCGGGAUGAUCCAUGCAAAACGAGCUGUGGACAUUUUUGGGCACUCUAUAAAUCAAAAUUCAAAAAUGAGGAGGCCAGUGCACCAGCCAACGGCUUCAUAACUGCACUGAAACUAUGGGUCGAGGGGACUCAUUUAGACUAUAGCUUAGUAUGAAUGCUAUUACCAUUUUUCACAAAAAGACCGGGGGGAAAUGCCACUCUAGCCGAAGUAUCCGAAGAGUCAUUGAUAAAUUUACAAAGAUUCUUAAUAGUCUGCGGUAAAAUGAAAAAAUUGUGCUAUAGGAACACCACUAAUGCAAUCGCCAUUAACCGGGUAAAAUUUUGUGUCCUGUACCCCCAAAAGCGUAAAAAUGAGAACUAUAAGUGGCAAACAAACAGCUCACCCGCACUCUUCAAAAGGGUUACAAAAAAGAAUCGACUUUUCACACUUGGAUAUACAACACUUAAUUCGCAUGCUGGUGUUCUGGCAGAUAUAUAACUCGCCUAUGAAUAUGCAAAAUACUGCACCGUAUUUAUAAAUCAUAUUCGCGUAUAACUUAAAAAAAAUAUGUUUAACUUAGGUUAAAAUAUCAGUUCUGCUACUUAAUAAUAAAUAUUUCAGAGAAGAGUUUUCGAUAACUUUCGGUUAUUCGGAUAACUUUCGGUUGUCCGACAGCAGUGUUUAAAAUUACGCUGAAUCGACUUGAUAUUCUUCACGUUUCAGCUGUCGUUCUUGUUCUGCCAUAGAGCACGAAUGCUGUUAAGACAAUAUUUAAACACACAUCGCUAAGGGGCGUUAACGCAGAGAGAUAAAAACCAUACAGCGUUUAAAAGACCAUUGAUUUGUUCUGGAACAAGUCCUGGAAUUACUUCAAUCUCAUAUUCCGGCCUUCGUUGGAGGAUCACAUGAUAAUAAUAACAAUUCUGCAUUAUUUUUCAUCACACCAUAACGCCUUUAAAUCAGAAUCGCAUUUUGAUUACCGCACGCUUUUUCCACAUGCCAGAAUUAUAUGAAGAUGUGAAUGGGAAGAAUGUUGAAUACUGCCAUGUGCCAGACGAGUACAGAAAGAUUUUUGCACCCUUGAUGUACGGCUUUGUGUUUGUGUUGGGGAUGGUGUUGAAUGGGACACUGCUCUGUCUGGUCUGCUGCACAACCAAGAGCUGGAGCUGUUCGGUUAUCUACUUGGUCAACCUGGCUGUAGCAGACCUGCUGUACGUUCUGACCUUACCCCUCCUAAUCAUCAGCCACGCAAUGGAGGACGCCUGGCCCUUUGGGGACACCGCGUGCAGAAUGGUACGGUUCUCGUUCUCUGCGAACUUGCACAGCAGUAUGAUGUUUCUUAUGUGCAUCAGUGUGCAUCGCUACCUGGGUGUGUGCUACCCAAUCAAAGCCGUAGUAUACAAGACCAAACGUAUCGCCGCUGUGCUCUCUACUUUUGUAUGGAUUGUGGUGGCAACCGAGCUAUUGCCUACCUUCGCUUUUACGCACACUGGUAUAAUCAAAAAUGUAACUGUGUGCUUCGACCUGACAAGUCCUGGGGACUUUCACCAGUACCUGCCCUAUGGCUUGUUUACCACUGUGGUCUGCUUCCUCAUCCCUACAUUAGUCAUUUUCACCUGCUACUGUUCAAUGGUUAAAACACUUCUUCAGAAUCAGGCUAACAUUCAGGUGGGACAAGAGAUACGCCGGAAAUCUGCCCGCACCAUAAUAAUUGUGUGUCUCCUUUUUGGUAUCUGUUUUGUGCCCCAUUAUAUUACUAAAACGAUGUAUCUCUUUUUGCGUACAUACCUGAUCAAUAAUUGCAACGCUCUCCAGCGGAUGAUACAAGCCUACGUAAUAUGGCGGCCGAUUGUAAGCUUCAAUAGCUGCAUCAACCCAAUUCUCUAUUUUGCGAGCUCCAAGAAAUACCCCGAAGUACUACUCAGUCAACUGUUCAAGACGAAGGUCCACCCAUCCGUGCAAAGCGAAACGGACAGCGAACAUGGAAAUAUCAAUUCAGGGAUGCCACAGCGUGCAUAUUUGGAUGUAGUCUUCAAGAAUGUUGGAACUGCUACACUCAGCUGAAGUCCACUUCUAGUGUCCCAUGUGCAAUGAAGAAGUGAAAUGGAUGGAAAACUACAUAUGCAUUGGCAGAAAUAUACACACAUAAAAAAAAAAAAAAAAAAUCAAUUCAUACUAACAUAGGAAAGGAAUGUAGAAAGUGAGGACAUCUAGUUACUGAAAAACUUUUAUUUGAAAAAAAAAGACUGAAGAAAAGUUCAAGAAUGUUCUUCUGUUGUAUAUAAAUAACCACAAUUACCAAGGAAUAAAAAUAUUGACAGGCACAGUUCAAGCCUUGUUUUAAAAUAUUUAACAUAUGAAAAGCUUUCUGUGCAUUGUUGUAAUUACACAUUUUAACUGAAACGGAACAAAA